GUGCUGUAAAAAUUGGCGCUGUCGCGCUGCAGCCAUGGCGGUGGCCGUAAAUUGCAGCUGGUGCCGUUACAGGGAGUAGAAUCUGCUCGAGUAAAGCAGCAGGCUGUAUGCCGAGCAAUGAGGUCCGUCAGCUACGUCGAGAGAGUGGCGCUGGACUUCACUGGAAACCUGUUCACACAGGCCAUCUGCCUGGGAGACACAGACAACGACGGGUUGAAUGAACUUGUAGUUGGGGAUACCAGUGGAAAACUAUAUGUAUACAAGAACGAUGACUGCAAGCCAUGGACUACUAGAUCUUGCAUUGGAAUGGUAACUUGUGUUGGCGUAGGAGACAUCUGCAACAAAGGAAAGAAUUUUGUUGUAGCUGUGGGUGCCGAGGGUUGGUUCCACAUUUUUGACCUCAGCGGCAUAUCAACCAAGUCAGACUCUUCUAGCCACCAUGACUGCCUAUUUAGUGAUGAACAGAAAGCAUUUUACGCGCAACACAUCCCUGCUAACACCAAAGUGAUGCUCAUUAGUGAUAUCGAUGGAGAUGGAAAGUGUGAAAUGGUGGUAGGUUACACUGACCGUGUAGUGAGAGCAUUUCGUUGGGAAGACUCUUUGAUUGAUAGUUCUGGACACUUGGUACUGCUGAAAAAGUGGCUACUGGAAGGACAGGUAGACAGCCUUACCGUAAAUCCAGGACCUGAUGGGUCCCCGGAGCUGAUGGUCUCACAGCCAGGAUGUGCAUAUGCUGUUCUACUUUGCACCUGGAAAAUGGAUCAAGAGAAAGCACCAAAAAGAAAUCCAUCUGGAGCAUCUAACAGUGAAGGCCUCAUUCGGGAUGUGAUUCUACACCAGACUUCAGGCCGGAUUCAUAAUAAGAAUGUUUCCACUCAUUUGAUUGGUAGCAUAAACAGAGGCUCUUGUGAUGAUGCAUCCAAGUCUGGCUUAUUUGCACUGUGCACAUUGGAUGGAACCCUAAAACUGAUGGAUGGCUCAGAUAAACUCCUGUGGUCUGUUCAAGUGGAUCACCAGCUUUUUGCCCUGGAAAAGUUAGAUGUGACGGGUGAUGGACGAGAAGAAGUGGUAGCCUGUGCUUGGGAUGGCCAAACCUAUAUCAUUGACCAGAAUAGAUCUGUUGUUCGCUUUCAGUUUGACGAGAAUGUUAGCGCAUUUUGUGCUGGCAUGUACGCGUGCAAAAAUGGUCGGAAUAACCCUUGUUUGGUCUAUGUCAGCUUCAACCACAAAAUCUAUGUUUACUGGAAAGUGGAGCUGGAGAGAAUGGAAUCUACCAAUAUUUUAAAGGUGCUGGAGACAGAUGAGUUCAGGAAACUAAUGCAAGCAACAUCUAUUGAUGCAAGUAACAACAGUGCUGUCCAGGCUAUGCUACACCAGACGCUCUACUUUCCUGAUCAGCUUGACGACGUAGCCUUAAGGAGGAUAAGCAGCACAAAAAAUGAUGAGUUGGAACUGUAUACUGAACCAUAAACUGUGUUUGAGGAAAAAAAUAAAAGAAAUUAUUUUUAAUAAUAACAAAGUUUAUGAGCCAACAAAAUAGCUUCUACAUCUUCACACCACAAUUAAACAGUUAUAAACACCUCUGAGCAGAGGAGAAAGUAUUUGACUAUUUAUUGAGUCAACAGUGCUCAUUCCCAUAUGUUUGUUCAUGUUGUAUGAUUUAAGUGAUCAUGGUCUUUCCAUGACCAUAAUUGUUCUUGGCAAAUUUUUGUACAGAACUGGUUUGGGCAGUGUCUUUGCAAGAUGGGUGACCCUGACCAUUAUCAAUACUCUUCAGAGACUGUCUGGCGUCAGUGAUCGCUUAACUAGGACUUGUGUUACGCUCCAGCUGCUCAUACAAUGUUCCACCACCUGCUCCCAUGGGUUCGCAUGACCCUGAUUUGGGGGGGCUGACCAGGUGCUACAUAUUGCCCGCGGGUGACCUACAGGCUGGCAGAGGGAGGAAGCGCCUUACACCUCCUUUGGUGGAGACGUAUCUCCACCCUGCCACCCAUAUGUAAUCAACAUAUAAUGAUAAAGCUAAUAUAAAAGAAUGUUUUAACAUAUUGUUGGAAAAUAAAAUUUUAUCCAG